GUGGCUGUAUCUGCAGCCAGCCAACGAAAGCUUAGGCCUAGGCAGUCGUCAAUCGUGUCGUUGAAAAUUCUUGAUGAGCAAGAGUAUUUCACCUGGAGAAAACAAGACGUCGGAGCGAUCAGCUGAAACGAGAGCACCAUGUCUUCAUCGCCAUCUGAGGAUGAGGACAGCCUCCUCGCGGAGAUACGCAACGUGCGGAGCGUUAUUCAAUUAACAAGGGAGAACAUCGACGCGCUGAACGCCAAAUUUGCGGAUUAUCCGAACCCUCCGCAGAUGUAUGUCAACGAAUAUGAAGAACUGACGGGUAAACUACACGAACUUGAAAUGAAAGAGCAAGAAUUGCUGGACAGAAAAAGCCUACGUGAAGAGGAACUUGUGAAACAAGAUGGGGCGUUUGAGGAUAGGUCUGAUCCUGCAGGAGAGGGUCCUUCUGCCCAGAGUCUGCCAAUGAUUAAAGCAUACCUGCCAAAUCAACAAAGGACUGUUGUGUCGAUAAGGCCUGGCCUAACAUUAAGAGAAGCUCUCACUAAAGGUCUGACUCGCAGGAAUCUCUCGCCCGAAAUGUGCACUGUGUUUACUGUCGCAGAUCACGUUCAACUGUCAUGGGACACGGAAAUUUCAUCCAUCAUGGGGGAAGAAAUACGUGUAGAGAUCCUUGAAAUGUUUCCUGUUACCUCAAGCAUAUCUCACAAUUUCCAACGUAAGACCUUCUUUUCAUUAGCAUUUUGUGAGUACUGCAGGAGAUUGUUGUUCCAAGGGUUCUGCUGUCGAACCUGUGGAUACCGAUUUCAUCAACGGUGUGCUGCUGGCGUCCCAGCUAUUUGCCAGUUGUCUCAUAUGGAAGAUAAUUACUAUCAAAUGCUAUUAGCUCAGAAUACAGAAACACCAGCUGGCAUAUUGCAUAUGCCUGCUGGCUAUAACAACAUUAGUCGAGUUCAACCACCUAUAAGAAGAACUAACCGAAGCCUUGGACACGGAGAAAGGUCAAGUUCUGCCCCAAAUGUUAGCUACAAUUUAGUGCAUGUUGGUAAUGAUGUGCAAUCGUUAGAAGAUAUGGUUAAUGCACAGACAGCAGGUUCUGUUGCUGCAGCUGCCAACUCUAAUAAACUUUCUCACAGCCAGAGUGCACAAGCAUCACCAACAAAUGCACUCAGGCCUUGGAGGCCUCGCGCCAGAAGUGCUGAUGAAAGUGCCAAUAAAAGGAUUCAUACUCCUCGCGAAUCAAUAGAGGACUGGGAAAUUCCUGCAGAUGAGAUUCUGAUAGGAAAUCGUAUUGGUUCUGGUUCUUUUGGAACUGUUUACAAGGGCCACUGGCAUGGUGCUGUUGCUGUGAAAACUUUGAAUGUAAAGGAUCCGACACCGGCUCAACUUCAAGCAUUCAAGAAUGAAGUGGCAGUCCUUCGUAAGACAAGACACGUCAAUAUAUUGCUCUUUAUGGGGUGUGUCAGUAAACCCCAGCUGGCUAUAGUGACCCAGUGGUGUGAAGGUUCAAGUCUGUAUCGUCAUGUUCAUGUCCUAGAAACUAAGUUUGAAUUAUUAACAUUGAUUGAAAUCAGCAGGCAAACAGCACAGGGCAUGGACUACCUUCAUGCAAAGAACAUUAUCCACAGAGAUCUGAAGAGUAAUAACAUCUUUCUCCAUGACUUGACUGUGAAAAUAGGUGAUUUCGGUCUUGCAACAGUGAAAACAAGAUGGUCGGGUGGCCAGCAGUUCCAACAGCCAUCAGGGUCUAUACUGUGGAUGGCACCAGAAGUGAUUCGGAUGCAGGAAGAAAACCCUUACUCAUUUCAAUCAGAUGUGUACGCUUUUGGUGUAGUGCUAUAUGAGUUAUUUGCAUCACAGCUGCCUUACUCAAAUAUCAACAACAAAGAUCAAAUUUUGUUCAUGGUAGGAAGAGGCUACUUGAGGCCUGAUCUUUCAAAUUUAAUGACCACUACACCCAAGGUCCUCCGGAGGCUAGUGGAAGAUUGUUUGAAAGUAGACAGAGAGGACCGACCUCUCUUCCGUCAAAUUUUGGCAUCACUUGAAGGCCUGAUCAGGACAUUACCAAAAAUUCACAGGUCAACAUCAGAGCCAUUCCUCAACAGAACGCCUCUUCAAUCUGAUGAUUUUGUUUAUCAGUGUGCAUCUCCUAGAACACCCAUUCAUGCUCAGUACGGAGCAUUUCCUUUCUAUUCAAUUGGAGGAGUCAUAUGACAGGGGCCUACAGUCCAAGUUUGCUGAAUAGUCAGUUUUGUGAAGGAGGAAAUAAUGUCUUUCAUCUUGACUCGUAGUCUGCAGUGUGAAUAUUCUUCAGUGGAUUAAUUACUUGCUUGUUCCUGUCUCUUUAAUGUUGAAAUUGAGCUGUGCUGCUCUAUUGCCUUUGUGCAAGUGGACCAUUGUUUUCAAAGUAUACAAACAUCAUUAUUUUGCAUUGUCGUUUGUGGUCUUUGCCAAAAUGCUUCAAUAACAACUAUUCUGUCUUGUGUAAUAUUUUACGAAUUUCUUUUUCUCACUUUAUUUUCUUGCAGAGGACCAUUUGGAAGUAAUAUUUGGACCUUGUGAUACUCUGUAGCUUUCUUUUUAUUCAAAGGACAUACACUGCACGCUAUUAUUUUGAAAAAAAAAAUUAAAUUAAUGGGUGGGUUUUAAAGAAAGGAAUCCAUAUUUGCAGUCUAUACAAACUUUUAACCAUGACUUGUAAUUGUAUGCAAUUAUUUCCUAUUGAGAGCUGGCAUGUUAGGUGUACUACUAGGCUUCUUCCUUGACUUGGAUAUUGUAGUAGAUUGGUUUGUGGAGUUACUACUAGUAGGAUUGCAAACAGAUGAUUCAUGUUAUUUCUUUUUGAGAGAAGUGCCCAGCCAAACUUAUGAAUAUAUGCUCUUUCUCUAAUUUUUUAACAGGGGCGUGUCUUUUAAAACAAUGGCUGGUGGUGCACUUGGAAAAGGUCUUGCAUUUUAUCAUUUGACUUCCGUUAACUUGCACUUCUUUGUGUUUGUUCGAUCGAGGGUUGAGUGUGAGGGAAUCCUUUGUUUCCAAAUUCGAACAGAAAAGCUAAUGAGUCCUUAUCAUUAGUUGGUACACAAGUUUUAUGUCAUUGGUUUAUCUUUGCAUUAUGAACAAUUUCAUUUUCAGGAGCCCAAUUUUGUGUCAGAAUCAAAGUUCGUAUUGCUAAAAUUUGUGAAGAUGUCUAUUUCUUCUUGUCACUUUGUUUCUGUUUAUAAUUUGUUGUAGAUAAGGUGCUCAAUCAAUACAAUGUUUCCUUAGUUUAAAAGACAAGGCUUUUGCGAGCUGUGCUUGCAUUCGUUGUCCCGAUUGUGAUACAAUUAUUAACUUGUGUUGGUUGAUUGUGAAUGUGAAUUUUAUAGAACAUAUAUUUGCCUGUCUUGAAUUCUAAAGUUUUUGAGGAAAAUUGAUAUUUUGUUUAAUAACUACAGUUUGGUGAACAUCAUUUGCUGUAGUUAAUACAGUGAAUGCAAUUUCUUUGUUCACUUAGUUCAUUUUUGGAGCACUCAGAACCCAUCAUGACCACAAUUUAUUCUGUCCCAUAAUAUUAAGGCAUGCAUGGCUUGCCUUUAAACUGUCAUCUUUCCAAGAUGACUCUAAUAUUGAAUCUCAAUCUGUUUAAAGGAUUUACUAUAAAUUAUUCAAUUGAUCCUGUACAUGAGUUGAUAUUUCUGAUAAAGUACCAGCACAGCAUUUUAGGUGACUUUUUCAAUGUUAAAUUUCAUUUUUGCAUGUAGCAGCAAAGCCCUGAACAAACUUUUUUUUUUUUUUUUAUAAAACUGCUUGGGUUUGAAGGGUCAUAAGGG